AUGUUCCGAAAGGGGGGCUUACGGAGGAGUGGAGGGGGAGUGAGAGCAAAACCGGUCCCGGUGGAGUCUUCAUCCUCCAACAGCCAAUCACUACAGCUGGUGGCGGCAGUGAACAAUAACUCGCCCAUCAGUAAGGAGAAUGACUCAUCGUCCGCCUCCUUCCACUCUUUCACGGGUGGGGGACCGAGCAGUGGGACCACAUCAGACGGGGGUCCGUCACCCAACUCCACUCCAAACAGGGGCCACAGCAGCAGCAGUAGGGACUACAGGGGGGACAGAGGGAUGACUAGUGGGGACAUGCACUUCACUAGUGAACUGGAAUCGACAGGGUCAUAUCAGAGUGCGGAGAGCCUCAUAGAAGCAGUAUCAGUGAAUGAGAGAACUCGACUUCCGGAGAUAAAUGCCGAGAAUUACUUGGGUUACGAGACGUUGAAAGGCGCCACGAACAGUCGAAAUAACAUCAACAAUAGUGCCAGUGACCGAACAAUUGCUGGAAACGAGCAGGGCGACGUCAGCAUCAAGAAAAAACGGCAAACUAGCUUCGCGAAGCCUGCUGCCGGUUCUUCCAAAAAAGGCGGCACUGGCCGAGUUGGAAAAGAGUUGCCGGCGCUGAUGAAGGGAGGGCGUGGUUUGAGGGUGGGAAGAGGUCAAAGGGUGGUUCAAGUGUACCCAGCUAGGGGGGAGAAAAAAGAGGGGGAGUCUAGCAGCAGCAGUGACCAAGAGAAGAAAAAAGAGGAGAAUUUGGAGGGAGGCGAAGAAGGCAGAGGCGGAGCCGUCACUCCGAUGGACAGUUACAUGACCUACAAGGACACCCAGAACGGAGGAUCAGCAGGCACGGCCACAGCCACAGAUCCCAGCAGGAGACAGACAGGGUCCACACUCCAGUCAGGGGGUACGACUGCCACUGGGGCAACAGGAACAGGUUCGAAAGUGAAGGACAGUAUUUCGGAGGAACCCAAAGCGGAGUCAGCCACAGAAACUCAGGCUCGACAAAACAAAGAUGAAGAUAUCGAAGGUGCCGAAGAUGGAGUGGCUGCACUUCAGGAGGCUAACAGGCCAUCUUCACAAGCCAAACAGGAAGUGAAGGAGUCGGUUGAGUCCAGUGGUACAUCUGGGAGACCUCGGGAGAGGGGUCCUUCUAAGAGGGAGCUGGACUCCUUCCGCCGGCUGACAGGAGGAGAUUUGAGCGGGGAUACAGCUGUGAAAUCUCAGGGGGUUGUGAGUACGGGCGGGGGAGGGAGUACGAGGGGGGAGAGUGAAGGCGGGGAGAGUAGACAUGGGGGAGUGACCCCAAUGGACGACUACACUGAGUACGACGAGCCCCCUCCCCAGGGAGGCACUCAACAGAACAAGGACAGCACCAUGCCAACAACCUCGACUGCUAGAGAGGGCAAGUAG